AUGUCGAGUGAUAUCGCCACAAUCUUAGGAACAUUGAGACAGGAAGUUGAACCUCAGCUUUCCGACCUUUUUUACGAUUUUGAGAGCCUUUACGAUCAGAAACUAUGGCAUCAGUUAACUGAGAAUUUGGGCGUUUUCUUCCAGGAUGAAAGAACCGGCCCAUUGAGACUAAGAGUAUAUGACUCUUUUGUGUUGAAAUUCCACGAUAAAAUUAACCAGCUGAAAGUGGUGAGUUUCUUGCUGACCUCGCUCAAAGCCGAAAAUAACUCAGAGGCAGCUCUAGAAUAUCUCACAGAUCUUCGCAAAAGCUUCAAAGAGUUAGACGAGAAAAAACAGAGAAACGACGGGCUAAAGUCGCAUCACGAUGGCAUUUUACUGAUAGACAUUGAAAUUGCGAGAUUGCACCUCAAUCAGGGCGAUCUUGUGAAAUCUAGAGAUGCAUUGGAUGAAAUCGAAGCCAAGCUUGACGUUCAGGACGCUGUGCCAUUGCAAGUGACAAGUUCUUUUUACUCGGCAAGUGCCGAAUAUUACCAGGCCAAGAGAGACUUCAACUCAUUCUACUACACAAGUCUACUCUACCUAUCGACCGCCGAGGCCUCGCGGUCGGCACAAGAGUUCUCCUUCCUCAGGCGCCAGCAGCUUGCGUACGAUCUGUGCAUUGCAGCUCUUCUGGGCGAUAAAAUUUACAAUUUUGGCGAACUUUUGCAUCACCCAAUAAUGGAGAGUAUUUCUUCGGACGCGCAGUACGAAUGGUUGUUCCAAUUUUUGAACACUUUGUCGAGCGGAGACUUCGACCAAUUUGAUAAGAUUUCCAAAGAGCGGGUUCCUCAAGUACCAAUUUUGUCCACACAUGAAUCCUUUUUGGGGCAAAAAAUCUGUUUGAUGACUUUGGUCGAAAGCGUUUUUGUCAAAAAUAUUAGGACUCUGUCGUUUCAAGACAUUGCCGCCGCUACGCAUUUGCCCAAGGAUAAUGUUGAACAUCUGGUAAUGAGAAGUAUCUGCCUGGGUUUGCUAAAAGGAUCUAUUGAUCAAGUUCACGAACUGGUCACGGUUACGUGGGUGCAGCCGCGGAUUAUAAAUGCCGAUCAGAUCAACAAAAUGAAAGAGAGACUAGUAGAAUGGAAUGAGGAAGUUAACAAACUGGGGGAAAAAAUCGAAUCUCGCGGUAAAACUAUCUGGGUCUAA